UCUUAUUUUAAAGGAAGCACCGCAGCAGAUGCUGAAGAAAAGCUAAUGAACCACCUACUGAGUCCUGACAGGUACAAUAAGUUAAUUCGUCCAGCUGUCAACUCGUCCCAGUUGGUAUCUAUAGAACUGCAGGUUUCCCUGGCACAGCUCAUCAGUGUGAAUGAGCGGGAGCAGAUCAUGACUACGAACGUGUGGCUGAACCAGGAGUGGAUUGAUUACCGCUUGGCCUGGAAGCCCUCUGACUACGAAGGGAUAAAUAAGCUGAGGAUACCUGCAAAACACAUUUGGCUGCCAGACAUUGUACUUUACAAUAACGCGGACGGCACAUACGAAGUUUCCCUCUACACAAAUGCGAUCGUACAGAACAACGGGAGCAUUCGCUGGUUGCCCCCUGCCAUCUACAAGAGCGCCUGCAAGAUCGAGGUUAAGCAUUUUCCAUUUGAUCAGCAAAACUGCACGCUGAAGUUCCGCUCUUGGACAUACGAUCACACAGAAAUUGAUAUGGUGCUUAAAACUUCCAUGGCAAGCAUGGAUGAUUUCACACCGAGCGGAGAGUGGGACAUUGUAGCACUCCCAGGAAGGAGGACUGUGAACCCCCUGGACCCCAAUUAUGUCGAUGUGACAUACGACUUCAUUAUUAAAAGGAAACCUCUUUUUUAUACCAUCAAUCUUAUCAUUCCCUGCGUGCUAAUUACAUCCUUAGCCAUCCUGGUGUUCUACUUGCCUUCAGACUGUGGUGAAAAGAUGACCUUAUGCAUAUCUGUGCUGCUUGCCUUGACCGUGUUCUUGCUGCUGAUCUCCAAAAUCGUCCCUCCAACAUCUCUAGAUGUUCCCCUGAUUGGGAAGUACCUCAUGUUCACAAUGGUACUAGUGACAUUUUCGAUAGUUACCAGUGUCUGCGUCCUCAACGUCCACCACAGAUCCCCAAGCACUCACACUAUGCCGCCCUGGGUAAAGCUCGUGUUCCUCGAGAGACUCCCAGCCUACCUGUUCAUGAAGCGCCCGGAAAUCGCUUCCCCGCAGCAGAGGCUGGGCCACCGCAGGAAGGCGAGAUCGGAGAAUCUCUGCGUGGACCCGGCAGAGCUGUACAAGAACUCCACCUACUUCAUGAAUACAGCCUCCACCAAAAAAUACGAUAUGAAAAUCACAGAGACUCUUGACAAUGUCAGUAGCCAUCAAGAUUUUAGGUUAAGAUCAACCACAAAAUUUUCUCCUGAAGUCCAAGAAGCAAUUAAUGGAGUCAGUUUUAUAGCAGAACACAUGAGAAGUGAUGACAACGACCAAAGUGUCAUUGAAGAUUGGAAGUAUGUUGCCAUGGUAGUGGACAGGCUGUUUCUCUGGAUAUUCGUCUUUGUUUGCGUCCUGGGGACAGUUGGAUUGUUCCUGCAGCCACUUUUUCAAAACCACGCGGCUACCAUGAACCCUUAGUUGGCAUUUAAAAAUCGGCAAUGCUUACGUAGAUGCUGGGCCUCAUUCUGCUCUCAGUUCCUCCCCGAUAUAUCCAGA